UACUGGGCAGUGGGCAACUGGGCACACUGAUUGCCGGCUCUGAUUUAUUCUAAACUUUGAAGUCUUUAUUUUUGUGUUUUCUGUCAUUGUGUUUUGUGCGAGAUUGAUUGAAAAUUUUGUAAUAAGUAAAUUACCCUAACAUAAAUGCUGUUAAAUAAGUUCAAAAUUUAAUAUUUUAAUGUGAUGUGUAUGAAGUGCAAUAAUAUAUUUUUUAAUUUCAUGUGCUAAAUUUUUGAUCGGAAAAGUUUUGUCACGAAAGUGGAUGCACUAUAAUGUCUAAUAAAGCAGAAGAAAAUGCUGUGCGGUAUAGGAGAGCUCAGAGCGUUACCAAAGCAGAAGAAAUUACCGAAAAAGAGAAAAAAGCGCGGAAAUCUCAGGUAGACAAACCCUGCCACAAACCAAGGGAUUCACUUUUUUCAUGGAGCUCGGAGUUUACAAAUUUUACCGGAUUAGUGAAUUGGGGUUUCCUUAUGUUAACCAUAGGUGGACUACGGUUGUGUCUUGAAAAUUUUUUAAAAUAUGGUAUACGUGUAAAUCCAUUUGAAUGGAUUGUUGUUUUGACUGGUCAUAAUGAGGGUUACAGUCACCAAUAUCCAUCUGUGAUAUUAUUAAUUUUUAGUGUGGUGCCGGCUGUUAUAUGUUUGUUGAUUGAAAAGGCUAUAGCAGUGGAGAUACUAUCACAAAAGCUUGGAAUAAGUCUACAAAUAAUAAAUAUUGUUUCCGAGAUAAGCUUACCUGUAAUAAUUUUGUACUUCAAGGGAACACAAUUUAGUUUUGUUGGCAUUACAACAGUAUGCAUGAUAUACUUAAUUCUUUUCUUAAAAUUGUGGAGCUAUUGUCAAACAAAUCAUUGGUGCAGACUAGGAAUGAAGGGGAAACAAUAUAAAAAUACAUUAAGACGUCAAAGUUUAUCAGCACCUAAUUGGAAUGAACUAGUUAAUGCUGAACAUGAGCAAACUUUAGAAGACGAGAAAAACGACUUUGCAUUGUCUGGUUUAGUAAAAUACCCGGAUAAUUUGACUCUUAAAGAUCUUUUUUACUUCCUAUUGGCACCAACACUUUGCUACGAAUUGAAUUUCCCACGCACUACACGAAUUAGAAAAAGAUUCUUAAUAAAAAGAAUCAUAGAAGUUGUGUUUGGUAUGAAUUUAGUAAUGGCGUUAUUCCAGCAAUGGAUGAUACCUUCCGUCAGAAACGCCGUGGAUCCGUUCUCGGAAAUGGACUUCGUGAAGAUGACCGAACGACUGUUGAAGUUAGCCGUUCCCAAUCAUCUUAUCUGGUUGUGUUUCUUCUACCUCAGUUUCCACUCGUUCCUCAACCUCAUGGGAGAGUUGUUGCAUUUCGCUGACCGAAACUUCUACAGCGACUGGUGGAAUGCGAACAACAUCUCCGUGUUCUGGAGCACCUGGAACAUGCCCGUUCAUUUAUGGGCAGUCAGACAUGUUUACAUUCCUAUGACUGAGAUAGGAUAUUCUAAAGGGGCUGCUAGUAUAGUUGUAUUCUUUAUAUCGGCAUUCUUUCACGAAUACUUGGUGAGUGUACCGCUACAAAUGUUUAGGAUAUGGGCGUUUUUGGGUAUGAUGGCCCAACCUCCUCUGUCUGUGAUAUCCCGCGUAGCUGAGAAGAAGCUUGGGGCUCGAUGGGGCAAUAUCAUUGUAUGGAGUUCCCUUAUUUUGGGACAACCCCUCGCUAUCAUGAUGUACUACCACGAUUAUGCUCUGGCUCAUUUUGCCCCACAAAAAUAAUUACCGUGCAUGAAAUAUCAACAUUUAUAUAAAUGAAAAUAUAUUUGUAUAAUAAAUUAUUAUACUAAAUGAAUCUAUAUAUAAGAAGAGAAUUAGAAGCAGCUUUCAAUUAACUUGUAAGUUUGCGUUAUUCAGAUUGAUGAUGUUGUAUUCACGAUUUAAUCAUUAAAAGCAUUGAAUUAGUAGAACCAGUGUAAUUACAGGCACAAGGGACAUAACAUCUUAGUUCCCAAGGUUGGUGGCGCAUUGGUGAUAUAAGUUAACAUUUCUUACAAUGCCUAUGUCUAUGGGCGUUAGUGAUCACUUACCAUCAGGUGGCCCAUAUGCUCGUCCGCCUUCCUAUUCUAUAAAAUAAAAAAACUGGCGGGUAUUGUUAAAAUAAUGCAUCAUGAUAAUGCAUGGAGCAUUAUCUUAACUUAAACUGAGCCUUAAAUGAUUGUAUUUAGUCAAAAUUAAGCCAAAUAUAUAAAAAUAUGUUUUUUUUAUAUGAGAACCUAGGAAUGGCUUUACAAUAUUACUAAAUAAUUUACUGUAAAUUUAUUUUGGUGUCUAUAAUUUUUCUUUUUAUAAAUAUUUUAUUAAAUAUAAGAAAAAAAUUGUUUAUAUAUAUUUUGUAGAUUAUUGUAACGAUCAAGAAAUUAAUGUUUUUACAGUUAUAAAAAAUAUGCAUUUUUUAGUAUUUUAAAUGUGAAAGGUGGUUUGCAUUCCAGAGAGAUUUCAUGACAAUGGUACAAAUAUUGAUAAUUAUACUAUCAAGUUGUAACUUUUAAAAAUUAUUUUGCCAUAUGCAAAAAUAAAGUAGUCUCGAUAAGAAUUUUUACAAAUAAAUAUAUUAGUUAAUUAUAAAAAUAUAUGAUAUAUUUAAUAAAAUAAAAUUUAUAUUAUUAUUAUUUUAUGAAUAGAAAUAUUACAAUUUUAUUCAUUAUCAAGCUCCUUAUAAUGAAGACUGAAGUGAAUCAAAUUAUUGAUCAAUUACUAUCGCAAUUAUUAAUGUGAAAAUAAUAUUUUAUAAAAUCAACAACAUAUAUGUCAAAGAUUUAAACGAAUUAUUUUAAAAUUAAGGAAGAAUAAUUUUAUCAAUUAAAAUCUGACUAUAAUCGAUUAAAAUUAAAUUAGAAGCUGGAUAACUAAAAGGUUAAAAUAAUAAUUAUGUAAGUUAAAAUGGUGAUUAGUUAUUUAGGCAUUUAUAUGUGGGGUCUUAGUAUAAUGCGUUUUUUAUUUUUUUUAAAGGAACAGGUUAAUAAUAAGAAAAUCAUGCAUGUGAAGUAUAGUUUUCUGUGAUAAUAGUUUCACAAGAAAUAUAUUUGUUGAUGUGUUCAGAGUAUAAUAUUUUUAAAAAGAUUUAUGAAAUGUUGUAUGUAACUAUAAAUUACCAAUAAAUAUUUUAUUUACAC